UAAACCACUGCAUGCGUAAGCAAGACAUCCCAGUCUUCUGCAGUUACAAGCGCCUUAAUCUGUGAUGAAACAUGAGCGCAUGGGGGUGACCAGUGUCAGAGAAAGACGAUCACGUUGGUAGCCUGGGAUGACUCGAAUACUUUCCACCAUUAGGGUUUACGUUCCCCAGUUUGGAGCUGUGUGUGGGAGCAGGGAAACGGAGGCAACAAAGGUACAGCGAGUCAGGCAGAGGAUAUGAGUUCAUUUUAGCAAAUCUUACAGCUUACUUGUGAGGAUUAAUUGUGCCUGUAUUUACAUACUAAUAGAGAGAAUUAUGUCAGACAAACACAAUGGCCAAGCUUCCCAAAGGAAACCAUUCAGCAACAAGAACAUCAAGAAGCUCCGCACUAUUAGCAUGGUGUGCAACCUGGCAAGCAGCUGGCAGCAAUGGGUGACAGAGAAUGAGAACAAGCAGGCCAGCGAGCCAAGCGGCUGGGCUCCGUCUUCACUGGGUGGACCAGAGGAACCCAAAAAGAAGUGGGUUCCCAAGAAGCCUCCACCCAUUCGAACGCAGCAAACAGAAGCUUCUAAAGGUCUCGCGGCUCCACAAACAACAACAUCAAACACUGGUGAGGUUAAGACAUCGGAUGAGCCACCAACGGCGUCUUUCAUCAAGACGAAGCAAGUGGUGAAGACAGUGACCAGCAGCGCUCAGGAGAAGGGCGCAGGUAUCGGGCUCCUGACAGAAAAAAUCAAGAGGGAGCAUCUCCCAUCAGAUGAGGAGAUUGACAGACUGCUAAAGAAGAAAAGCUCGCCCACCCGUCGGAGGAAGUGCUCCAACAUGGUGUCAUCGCUGACCAAGAGCUGGAAGCAGGUGGAGAAUGAGCAGAAGCUUGUUAAAGAAGGAGGAGAUCCAAGAGAGGGAUUCACCUGUGGGCGUAAAGAGGACAGUGGGCCCCUCGAGGCAGAUGUAGAGGGGCUGGAAGUAGAGGAAGCUAAAACACGCAGAACAAGCUUUUCAGAAGAAGCAGAGAAAAACAACUGUGAAGAAGACUCUGAGACAGCAGUGAGAAUAAAAAGAUCCUCAGUUCCAAUCUACAAAAAAGAAGCUGAGGAUGCCAACAAGAUCAACACGUUGUCCAAGAAAUAUAGCACCGUGGGAAAUCUCAAGAGCCGCUGGCAGAAUUGGGCCUCUGAGCACACAGAUAAUCAGAAACUCAACCCCUUCAGUGAAUACUUUGAUUAUGACUAUUCCAUGUCCCUCCGCCUCCAGAAAGGUCAGGAGGGUUACGGACGUCCAAAGGAGGGUAGUAAGACGGCAGAAAGGGCCAAACGUGCGGAGAAGCAUAUCCACCGUGAAAUAGACGACCUGUGCUAUGUGAUCAGGACUAUGGCAGAUCCGGACCCAGAUGGAAAGACCCGGGUCACAUUUGGAGAACUGUUUGACAGAUAUGUUCGGAUCUCUGACAAGGUGGUGGGGAUUCUGAUGAGAGCCAGGAAACAUGGGAAAGUGGAGUUUGAAGGCGAGAUGCUGUGGCAAGGCCAGGAUGAUGGAGUUAUUAUUACUCUGCUGGUGUGAUAUUAACACCUGGGUCAAAGUUGUUCUUGAAAUCCUCUUACAGCUUCUUUGCUUGCACACUGGAAUUUGAACCUGAAAUAACCCCCGUCAUUGUCAGACAGUGCUAAGAGGAGGAUUUAAAAUGCAGUUUGACCCAGGACUACUCGGUGGACACUUGCAGAACAAUAUCAAAAGGAUACAGGCUGAGCUCGGCGGAUGUGUGUCUCUACGGAUUAUCCAAAGAAUACUUUUGCUGCUAUUUUGGUAGAUACUUGACGACUCUUUCUGUCAGUGUUUGAGCUGUAGCUGUCUUGCUCAGUGUUUUGAGAAAUCUGCAGAGACUUAAAAGCUUUAAAUCACAAGCGCUGAAGAGAUAAAG